UAUAUUGUAAAGAAUGCGUAUGCGUGUACGAAUACAACUUUCGCGGAUUGGAUUGACACAGCGGACCCAGAAAAGGAAAAGGGAAAUUGAAAAUGGAGAAGUGGAGAGCUACAAGCAAUCUCCGGCGAUCAUUGAAAUCGAUUCUCAACCGUCAAUUAAGUUCUGUCUCAGAAUUUAGAUAUUUAAAUGAAAAAAGGAGCUGUCAAUCGAGCUUCAAUCUGAUCAGAGAUUGCAAAAGUCUAGGACAAGUGAAUGCGAUUCAGCACAGAUGUUUCAGUUCAGCGUCGACACUUGUUCAGAGAAACCCUUCAUUUUCGACGUUAAAUUUCGAUGACAUUAGUUAUUUUAAGGGGUUGCUGGGAGAAAAAAGUGUUAUUCAAGAUGAGGACAGACUCGAAACUGUAAAUACGGAUUGGAUGCAUAAGUACAAAGGCUCCAGUAAGCUUUUGCUUCUGCCUCGAAGUACUGAGGAGGUGGCACAGAUUCUCAGAUAUUGUAAUUCAAGGUGUUUGGCUGUUGUUCCUCAAGGGGGGAAUACUGGUCUUGUUGGUGGUAGUGUGCCUGUUUUUGAUGAGGUGAUUGUCAAUGUUAGUUCAAUGAAUAAUAUCAUAAGUUUUGACAAGGUCAGUGGUAUAUUGGUAUGUGAAGCAGGGUGCAUACUAGAAAAUCUUAUCUCUUUCCUGGACAACCAAGGAUUUAUUAUGCCUCUGGACUUGGGUGCAAAAGGAAGUUGUCAAAUUGGUGGAAAUGUUUCAACUAAUGCUGGUGGCUUGCGACUUGUACGUUAUGGUUCGCUUCAUGAGAAUGUACUUGGUCUUGAAGCAGUUUUAGCUAAUGGUGAUGUGCUUGAUAUGCUUGGGACUUUGCGUAAAGAUAAUACUGGGUAUGACCUGAAGCAUUUGUUUAUAGGAAGUGAAGGAUCUCUGGGAAUUGUAACUAAAGUUUCUAUAUUGACCCCUCCCAAGCUGUCUUCAGUAAAUAUAGCUUUUCUUGCAUGCAAUGAUUAUUCUAGCUGCCAGAAACUUCUCAUGGAAGCAAAAAGAAAACUUGGGGAGAUUCUAUCUGCUUUUGAAUUCUUGGAUACGGAGGCAAUGAACCUGGUUUUGCAUCAAUUUGAUGGAGUUCGGAAUCCAUUACCUGCCUCCAUGCACAACUUCUACAUUCUGAUUGAGACAACGGGCAGUGAUGAAUCUUACAAUAGGGAGAAACUUGAGGCCUUCUUACUUAGCUCGAUGGAAGAUGGUUUAAUUUCUGAUGGUGUUCUUGCACAGGACAUAAACCAAGCAUCCUCAUUUUGGCGAAUACGUGAGGGUGUGCCAGAAGCAUUGAUGAAAGCUGGUGCCGUUUACAAAUAUGAUUUGUCAUUGCCUGUCGAAAAGAUGUAUGAUCUUGUGGAUGACAUGAGAAUAAGACUUGGUGACAUGGCCAAAGUAGUUGGAUACGGUCACCUUGGGGAUGGAAAUUUGCACCUUAAUGUUUCUGCUCCAGAGUACGAUGAUAAAAUUUUAGAACAAAUUGAACCCUAUGUCUAUGAGUGGACAUCUAAACACCGAGGGAGUAUCAGUGCUGAACAUGGCUUGGGACUGAUGAAAGCUAACAAGAUUUAUUACAGCAAAUCUGCUGAAACUGUACAAACAAUGGCUUCUAUAAAAAAGUUGCUUGACCCCAAUGGGAUACUCAACCCAUAUAAAGUCCUUCCACACUCACUCAAUUCUUAGAGCCGAGGCCGGGAAAACAAACACAACCGCGAAGUCUUCUCUAUUUUUUCCACGUUCAGUGACUAGGGUUUUGAAUGUGCAAAGAAAGAAGUCAUGAUGGAGGUUAGCUGAAAUGGGCAAAGGGGGAAGAGCCGAGCAAUUUCUAUGAAGAAUAUUGGUUUGGCAGACAAAGGGCAUCGCUUCUGAUAUGGUACAUUGAAUUUGGUAUAAUAAUCAAAUCGAAUAAGAUCAAAAUGUGCAAAUCACAAGUAAAUGAUACUAAUUGCAAAAAUAAGUUGGAACUUUGUUUAGCUUUUUUCUUUCUGUAAUAUGAUAUUGUAUUAUUUGAUGUUGGUGUGUUGAAUCUUUUGUAAUGUGCACUGAUCAAAAUUGGGUUGUUUAUAGGCUAUAUGUAUUGCGGCACACAA